AUGGGCCGCGAGUUUGGGCAACUGACGCGGAUGCGGCAUGUGAUCACCUACAGCUUGUCACCCUUCGAGCAGCGCGCCUUCCCGCACUACUUCAGCAAGGGCAUCCCCAACGUGCUACGCCGCACGCGGGCGUGCAUCCUUCGCGUCCUGCCGCCGUUUGUAGGGUUUUAUCUUGUCUAUACCUGGGGGACCCAGGAGUUUGAGAAAUCCAAGAGGAAGAAUCCGGCUGCUUAUGAAAAUGACAAAUGAGCCACUCAUCUGGAUAAUGGUUCCCUUCGUCUGAAAGCCCUUCUCUGGGAGAGGAGUCGACACUGUACUGUCUUGAAGACAUAAUAAACUUCUUAUGGACUGCA